UUUCGUUGGUCAAUGGAAAAUGUUGUGAGGAAUUCGCCAAAUAUUGACUAUGGCCUACCGUUGCACCCUGUUGCCCCUGCUGAUAGUCCUCCUCAUGGGCCCCUCACUCAGCCCCCCUGCGGCUCUGGCGCUGGAGUUCAUGGAGGACGGAGCCUUGGCAAACGAUGAGGCGCAUCCAGUGGAUGAGGGCGAAUUCUCCGCAGAGGCACCAGCCCUGUCGACGGGCUAUACCCGGGACACGAUUGCCCACUUCAAUCCGCGCAAGUCGAACGCGGGCUACCGUCAGCUGUGGGAGCGCAUUCCCCAGCAGAAAGUCGACGUGAUUAAGCGGAGAUAGGGCGCUGGAAAACCCAGCCCAAAUCGUGACCAAUCGUGACGAAUCUAACUAAGGGGAAAACACUCUCUGACGAGCCAUAAACCAUGGCACAGGCUGUUGCUGUUAUUUUAUUUGUUAUUUAUUUGUCAAUUAACGUUUGAAUAAUGUCUGCGAAUCCCCACAAGGUCACACAAAUGCUGAUUAAAAACGAUGUGGAUACAACUGAUGAAAAAAAAAG